GACUCCUGUUUGUGUGUCUGUGGAGCGCGGCCCCGGUGGCGGUGGUGUGUCUGUGGAGCGCGGCCCCGGUGGCGGUGGUGUGUCUGUGGAGCGCGGCCCCGGUGGCGGUGGUGUGUAAAGUGGCGCACGGUAAAGACGUUGGUUUGGCUCUCCUCGGGCGGCUCAGAGGAGAGAGGCCCAGGAGCGCUCCCGUCUCACUUCCUACGCUGUAGCAGAGCAGCGCCUGUGGGCAGCACCCGGCCCCAGGUCGACUCCACCCCGACUUUGUUCUAGAAACUGCGGAGUUGGUGGAGCCACAGGCACGCGGAGCCUUGCUGCUCACAGGACCACCCCCGUAAGUGUGCGUGACCACCUGACCUCCAGCGUCCUCUGCAGGACCCACUGACCCGGAGAGGACGGUCCUCCCCUUGCCUUUCUAGGACGAAGUAUCACACUGGUCACACCACUCUUCUCACUUACCGUGUCCCCUGAACUCAUUCCCCUUUGAGCUGUAGGUCUCUUGCUCCUCCCAGCUCUGUGGAAGGGUCAUUCAGUGCAGGGGGUGGCCUGACCUGGGGGGGCUGCCCUGCCUACUUGUAUGUGGGGAUCGCUGGGGCUCCCCAGAAGAAUGACCCCACGUCCUGGCCUCCCAGGUAUCUGGGCCAGAACUCAGCAUUUCUGAAAGUGUGUGUGUGGAGCUUGUCUCCCCAAAGCCUCUUGGGGCUUUAUUCCUGAGAGACACUGCCAGUGUAGAGUCUGUGCUCUUUCUGUUGGUUUUCUUGGGGGUAGGUCAAAAGGCGUGGGGACAGAGCCUCGUAGAGGUGAGGAGUGCGGCUGGCCCGGCCCCCCCCCCACCUCCCGGGGGAGCAUGAGCCCUACUCAGCAGGGCCAGAGGCGCCCACCAUAGACGGUGUGUUGGGGUCCGUGUCGAGGCUAACGUUCCAGCAGGAAGGGGGACCUUCAGAGGCCGCUUCCCCGAGGGGGGCUAGGAACAAGAUGUGAGGACAAACUGGAUUGAGAAAGCGUGGGGAGCGUUAGGUGCUUGGGUCCCCAGGGUGCAUGGGGGCAAAGCCGAGAAGACGUGGUGAGUGUCAGGAAGGGGACCGCAGCUGCGGGUCCACCUGCAGGCCCGCCCGGUGCCUUAGGACAGCCCUGGGGGAGUGCCCCGCAUGUUUGAUGGGGCUGGGCUGCUGUGGUCGGGCCCCUGCUGUGGGAGCACGGGUGGGAUCCAGACCCAAGGCAAGCUCAGGGCUGCGGUGCUCCAGGCAGAGGCCCCUCGGGUGGCAGCACUAGUGGCACCGCUCCCUCCCCGGACAGGGUGUGCAUGGGCUCAGAGUAUGCUUGGUGAGAGGGAGGCGGCAGCCAGCAGGUCCCAGUGGGUGGUGGGCCCCCCCGCCCCUCCGCCCAUCCCUAGGGCCCCUUGCAGGUCUGCCCCGGGGCCCCUUCCCCUGGCCCCACGACAGGAGGCAGUUGGCUGCAUUUGUCACUGAAGCUGGCCCUGCCCUCACGGAUCUGGUUUCUGGGAGGGCCAGCCCUGGGGUGGCCGCUGGUCAGCGUGUAUGCCGAAGAGGCUGGCCUGGCCACCCGGGGAGAGGAGCUAGAGUGGCCCCUGUGAGAUGGCCCUGGAGGGCGGCCCGGCCCCUUGCUGCAGGUCAGCCCCCAUCUCUGCGGGCUGUGGUGGGGGUUCCGAGAGGCAGGGGUGGGGAGCCUUUGCUGGGGGUGGACGGCCUUGUUCAAGGCCUGGCCCUGCCUCUUUCUGGCCGGGUGACCUUGUGCCCCUUCACCUCUGAGCCUCCCUCCCCCCUUGGAGAAUGGAGCUCAUGUGACUGCUGCCAGUGCUGUGCCAGGACCGGCCACAGGAGGUGGGACUGGAGUGUCGCAGCGGGGCCCCCAGGGGCAUGGAGACCCUCUCGGGGAGUGGAGAGCAAGCCUACCCCCACCUGCUCAGGAGGCUGAUGUUUGAAGGCCAUUCUCGUUGCUGGCGUGGACGGUCGACCUGAGUGGGGCGCCAGGCCUCUCCCCGCCUUCCAACCUGGUCCUCCCCCGUGACUGGAGGCGCUGUGCUGUGCGCUGGAUUCCAGUUCCCCACAGAGGAAGGAGGCCCGUCUUGGAGGCUGCGCCCAGGGACCGGGGGAAGCAGCAGGAGAGAUGACCACAGGCCGCCAUGAGGCAGGAGUGCCAGUGGCGCUGUGACCUGAGGGCCACCACACAAGGGAAGUGUCGUCUGUGCAGUAAACAGCCUUCUGGAGUGAAGCGGCUGCCAGCGGGCGCGUGGUGGGCACCGGGUGCUGACGGCUUGGGAGCAGGUUCGGCAGGCUCCUUUCCUGUGGGGUGGCUCCGCGGUGAAGUGGACUGCUCCUGCGUCACCUGUCCUUACAGACCUCAGGCCGUGCUCUGAAGACUGCUUCCCAGCCCGGCCGGUUAGGUGCGCCUGCAGGCUCUGAUGCCCUGCAGUUCGAGCUGCACGUUUGCCCCGGUGUGUUCACUCCAGAAGACGAGACCCAGGCAGGUGCAGGUGCUGCCUGGUUGGGCCCAGAAAUGGGACGUCGUGCCUCCAGGGGCAGCACAGAGGAACUGAGGGCCUCCCCGAGCCGCUGCUGUGACGGCCAGUGAGCGAGCAGCCGGAGGAUGUCCACCACCACGACGGUCGCCCCCGCGGGGAUCCCGGUGGCCCCGGGCCCCGUGAACCCGCCACCGCCCGAGGUCUCCAACCCCGCCAAGCCCGGCCGCAAGACCAACCAGCUGCAGUACAUGCAGAACGUGGUGGUGAAGACGCUCUGGAAACACCAGUUCGCCUGGCCCUUCUACCAGCCCGUGGACGCAAUCAAGCUGAACCUGCCGGAUUAUCAUAAGAUAAUAAAAAACCCAAUGGAUAUGGGGACGAUUAAGAAGAGACUAGAAAAUAACUAUUAUUGGAGCGCAAGUGAAUGUAUGCAGGACUUCAACACCAUGUUUACAAAUUGUUACAUUUAUAACAAGCCCACAGAUGACAUAGUGCUCAUGGCGCAAGCCCUCGAGAAAAUUUUUCUGCAGAAAGUGGCCCAGAUGCCCCAGGAGGAAGUUGAAUUGUUACCCCCUGCUCCAAAGGGCAAAGGCCGGAAACCAGCUGCGGGAACCCAGAGUGCAGGUACGCAGCAAGUGGCGGCCGUGUCCUCUGUUUCCCCAGCGACCCCCUUUCAGAACGUCCCCCCCACUGUCUCCCAGACGCCCGUCAUUGCUGCCACCCCUGUGCCAACCAUCACUGCAAACGUCACUUCGGUCCCCGUCACCCCAGCUGCUGCCCCACCUCCUCCCGCGACGCCCAUCAUCCCCGUAGUCCCUCCCACGCCGCCCGUUGUCAAGAAGAAGGGCGUGAAGCGGAAAGCAGACACGACCACGCCCACGACGUCUGCCAUCACCGCCAGCCGCAGCGAGUCACCUCCGCCACUGUCGGACCCCAAGCAGGCCAAGGUGGUGGCGCGGCGGGAGAGCGGGGGCCGCCCCAUCAAGCCACCCAAGAAGGACCUGGAGGACGGCGAGGUGCCCCAGCACGCGGGCAAGAAGGGCAAGCUGUCGGAGCACCUGCGACACUGCGACAGCAUCCUCAAGGAGAUGCUGUCCAAGAAGCACGCGGCCUACGCCUGGCCCUUCUACAAGCCGGUGGACGCGGAGGCCCUGGAGCUGCACGACUACCAUGACAUCAUCAAGCACCCAAUGGACCUCAGCACCGUCAAGAAGAAGAUGGACAGUCGCGAGUACCCAGACGCACAGGGUUUUGCAGCUGACAUCCGGUUAAUGUUCUCCAACUGUUACAAAUACAACCCCCCAGACCACGAGGUGGUGGCCAUGGCCAGGAAGCUCCAGGACGUGUUUGAGAUGCGGUUUGCCAAGAUGCCGGAUGAGCCCGUGGAGGCGCCCGCGCUGCCCGCCCCCGCGGCCCCCGUGGUGAGCAAGGGCACCGAGAGCAGCCGCAGCAGCGAGGAGAGCUCCUCGGACUCGGGCAGCUCGGACUCGGAGGAGGAGCGGGCCACCAGGCUGGCGGAGCUGCAGGAGCAGCUGAAGGCUGUGCACGAGCAGCUGGCCGCCCUGUCUCAGGCCCCGGUGAACAAACCAAAGAGGAAGAAGGAGAAGAAGGAGAAGGAGAAGAAGAGGAAGGACAAGGACAAGGACAAGGACAAGGACAGGCACAAGGCCAAGUCCGAGGACGAGAAGAAGGCCAAGGCGGCCCCGCCCAGCAAGCAGGCCCAGCAGAAGAAGGCUCCCGCCAAGAAGGCCAACAGCACGACCACAGCCAGCAGACAGCCGAAGAAGGGUGGCAAGCAGGCCUCGGCCUCCUACGACUCGGAGGAGGAGGAGGAGGGCCUGCCCAUGAGCUACGACGAGAAGCGCCAGCUCAGCCUGGACAUCAACCGGCUGCCCGGGGAGAAGCUGGGCCGGGUGGUACACAUCAUCCAGUCCCGGGAGCCCUCGCUCAGGGACUCCAACCCCGACGAGAUAGAGAUUGACUUUGAGACUCUGAAACCCACCACUUUGCGGGAACUAGAGAGAUACGUCAAGUCUUGUUUACAGAAAAAGCAGAGGAAGCCGUUCUCGACAGGUGGGAAGAAGCAGGCGGCCAAGUCGAAGGAGGAGCUAGCUCAGGAGAAGAAGAAGGAGUUGGAGAAGCGGCUGCAGGACGUCAGCGGGCAGCUGAGCAACAACAAGAAGCCGGCCAAGAAAGAGAAAUCAGGCUCGGCGCCCUCGGGAGGGCCGUCCCGGCUCAGCAGCAGCAGCUCCUCCGAGUCCGGGAGCAGCAGCUCCAGCGGGUCCAGCUCCGACAGCAGCGACUCAGAAUGAACUCCGGCCUCACACAGGACAGAACAAAGCCAGUGGCUGUCGCACGCGGAGACUCUGCAGUGUUCCCUCGAUGGUUAAUAUACUACUUUUGUCCCAUGGUGUGCAGGUUUUCUUUUUAACUCAGUGUUACGGUAUCUUCCAGUUUUUGCUUUCAUAGGUCAAAGGUCUUUUCGUGUGUCCAUUAGACUUUAUGAGACGGUGGGGAUCUGCAUAAAGUCUGCUCUUCGUAACUGAAUCCAGUGUUUGGGGAUGACAACUUCAAAUGCUAAUAACCUGAUAACCAUAGAAAAACACGUCAGACGUGAUCGGAAGGCUCUUGCAGUCUCUCUUUUCUUACGCCCAGCCUGGUCUGUAGCUGCAGGGAGAAUUUUCUCAAAGGGAGUUUCUCUGAAAUGGUACUGCAUCAGAGAGCUGUCGGCUCGGCAGACAGGUGUUGUCUUUGUCAUUCGGGCCGAGCUCUGACUCUAGUGUCGAGGGGUCACCUCUUUCUGCGGGGGCUGAAGACAUAUGUGCCUGCUGUGGGGACCAGGGCUGGGCUAAGCGAGGGGUCCUCGUGGCCCCCGUGAGAGCUUGUGCGGGUGGGCGACAGGCGGGGGUGGAGUGCAGCGGGGUGCUGAGUUCCUCUGAUGUGUGCGAUGUCAGGAGCUCCUGGGAGGGAACACAGUGGCUGCGUGUGCAGCGCGCAGGUUUCCAUACACUGAAACUUUUACCUCAACUUAAAAAAAAAAAGAAAAGAUAAAAAAAAAAGGAGACUUUUUUGUAAGGUUCAGCAAUUUUCUACGAAAGUCCAGCCCAAUGUGUGCCCCUAACUUGUUAGCGCUGCCGCUCACUCCGGAACCACUUCCCAGUUUCAUGUAUAUAUGAAUACUUUAUUUAUUAACAUCAUUGGUCAUUUUUUUAAAAAAAGAAAAGAAAAACAAAACUGCGAAAGAGAUGCAUUAACAAAACUAGCAGAUGCAGGCCCCUGAGGCGGUUUGCAGGGAGCCCGCCCGCCGGCCCUGCCUCCAGGUGCUAGCCUCGCUCCUGCCGGUGCUCAGUCCUGUCCGCGUGCGCUCGCCCUGCGCUGGGCUUCGUGCAGGUUUGCGUUUUUUGUUCUUGUGUGUGUAUGAAAUUUGGAGAUUUACAGGUAUAGACAACUUCCAGCUGCAGCACAUUCUAAUUUUUUUAUUUUCUUGGUUUAAUUCUUUUGUAUUCACUUCUGGUCUCUUUAGGACUGUUUUAAAAGAAAUCAAUUUAGGGAACCCCGGUUAUAUAAUAUAAACUUUGUAAUCUGAGAGAAAAGAAUGUAUAGUAAAUCUAAGUCUUGAUUUUUAACUUUCUAUUGUAAAAAAAAAAUAAUAAUAAUAUACAGAGUUUAACAGAAGGGUAUGUUCUGGGUCUGUUUCCUGAGGCCGCCUUCUGGCCCUUGGGCACAGGGCUGCCCCACGCUGCCUGCCUAAGCCCUGAGCACGGUGACUUCGGCCAAGAACACAAGGGUCAGCCUUCCAGGCCCCCAGACGGGGCGCCCGUCCCCGCCCAGCCUCCAGGCGAGGGGCUGAAGCCCCCGUGGCCCGAUAUGGUCUUCCAGCCGGCUGGCAGUGGCCGGGCAGGGCUCUCCCUGGCCCAUCUUUCUCCAGGGGUGGCAGGGCCUCUGGCCCCCGAGGGUUCCCUCUCUGAAGACUCCAUGGGGCUCCCAGCUCGAGCAUCUGCCAGUUAGCACAGAAAUGGCUGAAGCGCAGGGACUUCUCCCAGACACCCCUGGGAGGACUUCAUGGAGGUGGGGGCUGGAGGUGGAGCCAGGGGUGGCCUGGCCUUUUGUCUGGUGGUGAGUUCUUUCUGCCAGCACUUCUGGAUGGAGAGAUGGACUAGUCAUCAGUAUCCUGAUAGGUGGCAGUUUUUAAAAAAGUCAUAAAAUCAAUUCAGAUUCCACCAACCCUAUGGCUGUGGAGCCCCUUGAUGGAUAUAGAACUCUGCUGAGGCAAAGGAUGGUGGAUUACCAUUUCUCUUACUGCUGGUGAUUCUGACACUUGGUGAGUUUUGAGCCAGUUUGUUAAAUUUUUAAUUAAGUUUUGUUUGUAAUAAAAAUAUAAAUGGAUUUUAAACUUGCCAUUUUUUAAAGUUACCCUUGUUUUUCAAAGGUGUUUUCUAAACAGAUCUUUAAUGGAGUAUUUAAAGUACGACUUUAAGGAAUUAAUACACGACAAAAUCGACAGGUCUUAAAGCAGGAUCUCGUUGGCAGUACGGAGCAAGUGCACAUCUGGGGCGUAAGCAGACCUCGAGCAGACGGUGCCUGGAGGCGGGGCUCCGGGGGGCUCCUCUCCAGCUGCAGAGAGUCAGGGGCACCUGUGUGAGCCGACAGGCGGGGGGACGUCUGGCCCUAGAGUUUAGCCCAGCGGGAGCUUUCCAGAGCAUUCCAUUACCCGCUGGUCCUGUGUGAGCUGUGGCUUCUUGAACCGCCUCUGCUCUGUUCAUCUGGAGAGAACCCGCCACUGCGAGGGCUCACGGAGGGCCUGAGUGCGUGCCGGCAGUCGGAGCCGUUGGUGCUGCAGUCUUUAAGGCUUUCUGUCAAGGCUUCGAAACCCAUUUCAGAGUUCGGGGCCCCUCGGGCCCUUGCCGUCAGCCUGUGGGCGUUUGCAUUUCCUUUUCUCCGCGUUGGGAAGACGAGCAGAGCUGUUCCAGGGCCACGAACUGGAGGGCGGGCGGCUCUGUGUGCUUCUCGAGAGGGGAAGGAAACCGCGUGCGAAGCAGGUUGGCCUCGCGUACAAAGUGGCUUUGACGACACUCUCUGUGACCCGAGGGGGCCGCGGCGGGUGUGGACUCAGUUCCAGAGACCCUUGCUCGCGCUGGGCAGCGUCAUCUUGCUUCCAAACUGUAAGCUGUGUUUUCUUUCUGUUUGUUUGGGUUUGUUCUUUUGCAAGUCUCACCUUCUGCGGCCGCGUGGGAGCGAACACCGCCCGCGGUCGAGAACUUGUUGCGUCCCACGUAGCCUGUGCUUAAUACUGGCCUAACGCGUCCGGGAAGGUUUUCUUUUUUAUAUUUAAAAUGUUACUUUUCUGUAUGAUGUGCAUGCAAGUUUACCGUAACUUUUCUUAAACUUUUUAGUGCCGUUUCUAGUAUAUUCCUGUAAAUGUCAGUUACUGAAAAUGAGUCCAAUGUAAGUAGUUUUAGCUUGUUUAUUGCAAUGCUGGCCUCAACACAACAGAAUAAAAAUGGUAGAAAGUACUCUUCGAUGUUUCUGGUAAUCAUGGACCCUUCUCCUGGGGCAUUUGUUUUUGUUUUCAUAAUAAAAGCAAAAAAGAAAAACCAAAA